AUGGACUUAAAUAUCACAUACAUAACUCUGACUGGACACAUAGAUGUGCACAGAUAUGGAUAUCUUUAUUUUUUUAUCAUGCUUAAUGCAUACAUUCUAAUCAUUUGCUGCAACGUCUCUAUUGUUAGCCUGACUGUUACUCAAAAAAACCUCCACGAGCCGAUGUACGUUUUCAUCUCGGCUUUGCUGCUGAACUCCAUUCUGUUCAGCACCGCGAUCUACCCGAAGCUUCUGGCUGAUUUUCUGUCUGAAAAGCAGGUGAUAUCGUACCAAGCGUGUCUCUUUCAGGUGUUUUUGUUUUACUCUUUAAGCUGCUCAGAGUUCAUGCUGCUGGCAGCCAUGGCCUACGACAGAUACGUGUCCAUAUGCAAACCUCUGCAUUACACAACUAUCAUGAGAAAAACAACCGUCAUUGUUCUGCUGGUUUCUGCUUGGAUCAUACCUGCUUGUCACGUGGCGCUGCCUCUUUCCCUUCUCGCUAAUCAGAAACUGUGCAAGUUUAGUUUGAACGGACUUUUUUGCAACAACUCGUUUAACUCUCUUCACUGCAUAAGUACAGGACGGCUGUCUAUAAUCGGUGUGAUAGUCGUGUUUGAUGUAGUGCUUCUUCCAAUACUUUUCAUCAUUCUUACGUACACAAAGAUUCUCAUCAUAGCCUACCAGAGCUGUGGGGAAGUCAGGAAAAAAGCUGCACAGACCUGUUUACCUCACCUGUUUGUCUUAAUCAACUUUUCUUGUUUGUUUACGUAUGAUUUCACGAUUGUUAAAUUGCAGUCAGAUUUUCCCCCAAAAGCACGAUUUAUCAUGACUCUGCAGAUCGUGGUCUAUACUCCGAUCUGUAAUCCGAUCAUCUACGGGCUGAAAAUGAAGGAAAUUUCUACACACCUGAAAAUGCUGUUCUGUCCCGUCAGAGUGAACAGAUGCAUCGGCACAUGUAUUCAUUUGUAG